AUGGAAUCUCAACCGGAGCUGUGGAUAGAGACCAACUACCCCCAGGCCCCUUGGGAGAACAUCACACUCUGGUGCAGAAGCCCUUCUCGGAUAUCUAGCCAGUUCCUGCUGCUGAAGGAUAAGACACAGAUGACCUGGGUCCGGCCUACCUACAAGACCUUCCAAGUUUCAUUCCUUAUAGGUGCCCUGAAUGAGUCCAAUACAGGUCUUUACAGGUGCUGCUACUGGCAGGAGAUGGGCUGGUCAGAGCCCAGUAAAAUUCUAGAGUUGGAGGCACCAGGCCAACUACCCAAGCCUAUCUUCUGGAUCCUGGCUGAGAGCUCCACUCUUCCUGGAUGUAAUGUUAACGUACUCUGCCAUGGAUGGCUGCAGGAUUUGGUAUUCAUGCUGUUUAAAGAGGGAUAUGCUGAGCCUGUGGAUUGCCAAGUCCCAACUGGGGCAGUGGCCAUAUUCUCCAUUGACAACAUGACACCUGAGAAUGAAGGGGUUUAUAUCUGCCGCACUCAUAUCCAGAUGCUCCCCACCCUGUGGUCAGAGCCCAGCAACCCCCUGAAGCUGGUUAUAGCAGGACUCUACCCCAAACCAACUCUGACAGCCUAUCCCGGGCUCAUCCUAGCACCUGGAGAAAGCCUGAAUCUCAGGUGCCAAGGGCCAAUCUAUGGAAUGACUUUUGCUUUGAUGAGGCUUGAAGACUUGGAGAAGUCCUUUUACCACAAGAGGCCAAUAAAAAAUGAGGCAUAUUUCUUCUUCCGGGCUCUGAAAAUCAACAAUGCUGGACAUUACCUCUGUUUUUACUAUGAUGGGUCAUAUAGGGGUUCACUCCUUAGUGAUAUCCUGAAAAUCUGGGUAACUGAUAAGCCUCCCAAACCCUCUCUGUCAGCUUGGCCCAGCACCAUGUUCAAGCUGGGAAAAACCAUUACUCUUCAGUGCCGAGUACCUCGUCCAGUACUUGAAUUUUCCCUGGAACGGGAAGAUGGAGCAACAUCCCAAAAAUUCUCAGUGGAUGGAGACUUCAUCAUCAGUAAUGUCGAAGGAAAAGGCACAGGAACCUACAGUUGCAGCUGUCGCUUAGAGGCACACCCUGACAUCUGGUCACAUCGCAGUGAGCCUCUGAAGCUAAUGGGACCAGCAGCUUGUUGCCUUGCUGUUGGUAGUGCUGUGGAUAAGGCGGAAAUGCCGGAGACUCAGAAUCAGGACGGGACCGGGUGGAUCGCAACUCGCCCAGCCUCAGAGCUGGUCCGGGCUGCCUUCCCCCUUGGUGCCCUGACCCAGAAUCACGUUGGGAGUUACCACUGCCAUUCCUGGGAAGAGAUGGCUGUGUCGGAGCCCAGUGAGGCACUUGAGCUGGUGGGGACAGACAUCCUCCCCAAACCUGUCAUUUCUGCUUCCCCCCCAAUUCGGGGCCAAGAACUACAAAUCCGGUGCAAAGGAUGGCUGGCAGGCAUGGGGUUUGCUCUGUAUAAGGACGGAGAGCAGGAACCUGUCCAGCAACUUAGUGUCGUUGGGAAAGAAGCCUUCUUUACAAUCCAAAGAAUGGAGGAUAAAAACGAAGGCAAUUAUAGCUGCCGCACUCACACUGAAAAGCGCCCCUUCAAGUGGUCUGAGUCCAGUGAGCCCCUGGAGCUUGUCAUAAAAGAAAUGUACCCCAAACCCUUCUUCAAGACGUGGGCCAGCCCAGUGGUCACCCUUGGUGCCCAAGUGACUUUCAAUUGCUCAACUCCCCACCGGCACAUGAGCUUUAUUCUUUACAAAGAUGGAAGUGAAAUUGCAUCCAGCGAUGGGUCUUGGGCAAGUCCAGGGUCCAGUGCAGCUCAUUUUCUGAUCGUUUCGGUGGGCAUUGGUGAUGGAGGGAAUUACACCUGCCGCUAUUAUGACUUUGCUAUCUGGUCUGAGCCCAGCGACCCUGUGGAGCUCGUGGUGACAGAAUUCUACCCCAAACCCACUCUCCUGGCACAGCCAGGUCCUGUAGUGCUUCCUGGGAAGAAUGUGACCCUGCGUUGCCAAGGGGCCUUGCAGGGUAUGAGGUUUGCCCUCUUGCAGGAGGGAACCCAGGAUCCCUUACAGUUCCAGAGUGCCUCAGGGAACUCAGCUGACUUCCUCCUCCAUGCUGUUGGAGCAGAGGACUCUGGGAACUACAGCUGUGUCUACUAUGAGACGACCAUGUCAAACAGGGGAUCAUAUCUCAGCAUGCCCAUUAUGAUUUGGGUAACUGACACAUUCCCCAAGCCCUGGUUAUACGCUGAGCCCAGUUCUGUGAUUCCCUUGGGGCAAAAUGUUACUCUCUGGUGCCAAGGGCCAGUCCAUGAAGUAGGGUACAUUCUGCACAAGGAAGGAGAAGCCACUUCAAAGCAGCUAUGGGGAUCCACCAGUGAUGAUGGAGCAUUCCUCAUCACCAAUAUAUCUGGUGCUAGCAUUGGGCGUUACAGCUGCUGCUACCACCCUGACUGGACCAGCCCUAUCAAGAUACAGCCUAGCAACACUCUGGAACUCAUAGUCACAGCUUCCAAUCACAGUGACCCCCUGGAGAUCUGGGUGACUGAUAAGCCGCCCAAACCUUCUCUGUCAGCAUGGCCCAGUACCAUGUUUAAGCUGGGGAAGGAUAUCACCCUUCAGUGCCGAGGACCCCUGCCAGGUGUUGAAUUUGUCCUGGAACAUGACAGAGAAGAAGCACCCCAGCAAUUCUCAGAGGAUGGAGACUUUGUCAUCAAUAAUGUGGAAGGGAAAGGCAUUGGAAACUACAGCUGCAGUUACCGCCUCCAGGCCAACCCUGACAUCUGGUCAGAGCCUAGUGAUCCCCUAGAGCUGGUGGGGGCAGCAGGGCCUGUUGCUCAGGAGUGCACUGUGGGUAACAUUGUGCGAAGUACCUUGAUUGUGGUUGUUGUUGUAGCAUUGGGGGUGGUGCUAGCCAUAGAGUGGAAGAAGUGGCCCCGACUCCGAACCAGGGACUCAGACACAGAUGGAAGAGACCACUCCAUAGCCCUUGAAGAGUGUAACCAAGAAAUAGAACUAGGCACUACCACCAACUCUCCCUCAUCAGUCUCUCAAGGAACCUCAGAGGAACUGCCAGUCCCAAUAGAAUAA